CUCAAGAGCUCGUGGGCAGCUGGUGGCUGUGAGCCAGCCUGGGGUCUGUCGCUAUGGUUCUAGGUUGGAUUGCUGUUAUGGCUGGAAAAAGAACAACAAGGGCCACUGUGAAGCUGUCUGUGGACAUGGCUGCAAGUACGGCGAGUGCAUGGGACCAAACAAGUGCAAAUGUUUCCCUGGAUUUACAGGGAAAACCUGUAAUCAAGAUCUGAACGAAUGUGGACUGAAACCACGUCCCUGUGAACACAGAUGUAUGAACACACAUGGCAGCUACAAGUGCUAUUGUCUCAGCGGGUACAUGCUUGUGCCAGACGGCACAUGUGCAAGUUCUAGGACAUGUGCCAUGGCGAAUUGCCAAUAUGGAUGUGAAGAAGGCAACGGGGAGGUGCAGUGCCUGUGUCCAUCAAGUGGCCUUCAGCUGGGACCAAAUGGCAGGACAUGCAUUGACAUCGAUGAAUGUUCCACUGGCAAAGCUGUCUGCUCUUACAACCGCAGAUGCGUCAACACAUUUGGAAGCUACUACUGCAAGUGCCAGUUUGGUUAUGAACUGAAAUACAUCAGCGGCCGUUAUGACUGUGUAGAUCUUUCCCUAUGUGUGACAAAUACACACAGGUGUAACCUCCACGCAGAGUGCCUCAACACUGAAGGAUCCUUCAAGUGCAAGUGUAAACAGGGCUACCGAGGAAGUGGCUUCGAUUGUGCCA